AUGCCCGAAAUAACCCUCUACACCUACUUCCGCUCCUCCUGCUCCGCCCGCCUGCGCAUCGCCCUGCACCUCAAAUCCCUCCCCUACACGCCCAUCUACAUCAACCUGCUCGAAGGCGCACAGCGAUCCCCGGACAACCUCGCCCGCAACCCGUCCGGCACCGUGCCCACCCUCCUCAUCUCCCCGUCCCCGGCGGAAGAACCCACCUUAAAGAUAACCCAAUCCCUCGCCGCGCUGGAAUACCUCGACGAAGCCUUCCCAGAUACCUACCCCCUGCUCCCGCGCGAUCCCGCCAAACGGGCACUAGUCCGCACCCUAGCCCAGAUCAUCGCGUGCGAUGUGCAGCCCGUUACCAACCUGAAGGUCCUGAAGCGCGUGGCGCCGUUGGGCGUGGAUCGCGCGGACUGGUCGAGGGAGGUGAUUGUGGAUGGGUUGAGGGCGUAUGAGACCAUUAUCAAGGAGGCGGGGGUGAGUGGGCUGUAUAGCGUGGGCGAUGAGGUGACGGUUGCGGAUGUGUGUUUGGUGCCGGCGGUUUGGGGCGCGGAGAGGGUGGGUGUUGAUGUUGCGGGGGGGUUUCCGGUGGUGGCCGGGGUGGUGGAAAGGUUGGAGGGGUUGGAUGCGGUGAGGAGGGCGCAUUGGGCGAGGCAGGAGGAUACGCCGGCUGAGUUGAGGGUUGAGUAG